UUGUAUCCUUUUUGAUGCUAAGAGCCCAUCGUUUUGAUGUCAGCCGGUUUGAUGGGAAGACGUAUUUUUCUACGCCAUUCGACUUUUAAUUAAUUGUGCAGCCUAAUUCUAAAUAUUAUUUGGUGGAAAGUGUUGCAAAAAGCGUCGACAGUUUUACUGAAAUGAAGAUAGGGGAAUUUAUAUAAAGUCAAAUGCGUUUUAACUACUGUUUUUAUGCCUUACGACAAGACUAAAGUUUGUGCCAUCGUUGACGAUUUAAAGGGCUAUAGGAGUGAUUUAUAUGUUUCUGGAGAAGCUUUAGCUGAGAAACUUGGAAAAGGAAAAGAAUAUAACCAAGUUGUUCUUAGCAAGUGUUUUGUCAAUAUUAACGGUUUUACAGUUUUAAGGAAUAAUAUAUUUUUUUAUUAA